AUGUCUCAUAGCAAGCGAAACACGACCCGCCCCGUCUUCACCUCCUACGAGCGCGAGCAGGCCAAGUCCAACUGGAGCUCCAAGUCCGCCCAGCUCAGCCGCGACUCCUUCCUGCCCUUUGGCUUCUGCAGCCUCUGCCUCGAGGACGCCCGCGAGCCCGUCGCCUGCCCGCGCGGGGACAUCUUCUGCCGCGAGUGCGCCCUGGAGAACCUCGUGGCGCAGAAGAAGGAGCUGAAGCGGGCGGACAAGGCGCGCCAGAACGCCGAGCGGGAGGCGGCCAGGAUACGGGCCAUUGAGGACGAGGAGGAGCGGGCGCGGGCGGUUCGCGACUUUGAGCUGACGCAGGCCGGGUUGACGGAUGGCGUUGGCAACAAGAACGGCGCCGACAGCAGCAACGGCAACGGCAACAAGGCGAUCAAGAUAAGUCCGAGUGCUGCGACGACGAUGGAGAGUGAAAAGAAGGAAACGGCCGUCGUCGUCCACGCAGGGUCCAAGAGAAAGUUUUCCCUCGACGCGGAUGAGCUCGACCGGAUAGCCGAAAACGACAAGGCAAAGGCCAGGAAAGCCAUCGAGGAUGAAAAAGCCGCCAAACCCUCACUGCCCUCAUUCUGGACACCCUCACUCACCCCCGACGUGCAAAACAGCGGCCUGGCCCCCGUCCCAAAAAGGACCAAGACGGCGCCCACGUGUCCUGCUUCUGCGGAACACGACCCUCACACCUUUUCUCUCCAGAAGCUAUUAACCAUUGCCUUCAACGAAACCACAGACUCCUCCACCAAGCAGUCCGUCCGGACGUGUCCCUCGUGCCUCAAGACGCUCACCAACGCCUCCAGCCCCGUCAUGGCGGAGAAGUGCGGCCACGUCCUGUGCUUCAGCUGCGUCAAGCAGUUUUUGCUCCCCUCGGAAAAGGCACAUGCCCAAGAGGAGAAUGGAUCGCAUAUUGCGUGCUUCGUCUGCAGCGCACCUGUUGCCGUCACCAGCAAGCCCGUCAAGAUCGCGAGCCCAAAGGACCCUCUGCCGACGGGGUUGAUCAGGCUAAAGUCGGAAGGGACGGGCUUUUCUGCGCGCGGUUCGCGGACCGUGGAGAAGUCGAGCGUUGCUUUUCAGUGCUGA